AUGAAAGCAGAAGGCAGAGGAAUCACCUGCUUUCUGGUCUCCUUCGCUGUGAUCUGUCUGCUGGCCACCCCCGGGGACGGGGCCUGUCCGCGUCGCUGUGCCUGUUACGUGCCGACAGAGGUGCACUGCACCUUCCGGUAUCUGACCUCCAUUCCAGACAGCAUCCCGCCCAGUGUGGAACGUAUCAAUUUAGGGUACAAUAGCUUGGUCAGAUUGACGGAAACAGAUUUUUCUGGCCUGAAUAAAUUGGAGUUACUAAUGCUGCACAGCAAUGGCAUUCACACCAUCCCAGCUAAGACCUUCUCAAAUUUGCAGGCCUUGCAGGUCUUAAAAAUGAGCUAUAACAAAGUUCGAAAGCUUGAGAAGGAUACUUUUUAUGGCCUCAGGAGCUUGACACGGUUGCAUAUGGACCACAACAAUAUUGAGUUUAUAAACCCAGAGGUUUUUUAUGGACUCACCUUUCUCCGACUAGUGCACUUGGAGGGAAAUCGGCUCACUAAUCUCCAUCCAGAUACAUUUGUCAAUUUGCGCUACCUCCAGAUAUUUAAGACAUCUUUCAUUAAGUACCUGUUCUUGUCUGAUAACUUUCUGAGCACCCUCCCUCAAGAGAUGGUCUCCUAUAUGCCCGAUCUGGAAAGCCUUUACCUUCACGGGAACCCCUGGACCUGCGACUGUCAUUUAAAAUGGUUGUCUGAUUGGAUACAGGAGAAGCCAGAUAUAAUAAAAUGCAAAAAAGACAGAAGUCCCUCCGGUCCUCAGCAAUGUCCACUUUGCAUGAACCCCAGGACUUCUAAAGGCAAGCCCUUAACUACGGUCCCAGCUGCAGCUUUCCUGUGUGCCAAGCCAACUAUUGAUCCAUCCCUGAAACUGAAGCACCUGACUAUUCUGGAAGAUAGCGGUUCUGUGUCUAUCUCUCCCCAAGAUUUCAUGGCACCCUUCGGCUCCCUCACUUUGAAUAUGACAGACCAGUCUGGAAAUGAAGCUAACAUGGCCUGCAGUAUCCAAAGGCCCUCAAGGACAUCAUCUAUUGCAUUCACAGAAGAAAAUGACUACAUCAUGCUCAAUACAUCAUUUUCUACAUUUCUGGUGUGUAACAUCGGUUACAGUCACAUUCAGGCAGUGUGGCAAAUUCUGGCUUUGUACAGUGACUCUCCUCUAAUAUUAGAAAGAAGCCACUUGCUCACUGAAACACCACAACUCUGCUACAAAUAUAAACAGGUGGCUCCUAAGCCUGAAGACCUCUUUACCAACAUAGAGGCUGAACUGAGAGCAGACCCCUCUUGGUUAAUGCAAGACCAAGUUUCCUUGCAGCUGAACAGAACUGCCACCACACUCAGUAUGUUGCAGAUCCAGUACUCUAGUGAUGCUCAAGUCACUUUACCAGGGGCAGAGAUGAGGCCAGUGAAACACAAAUGGACCAUGAUUUCCAGGGAUAACAACACUAAGCUGGAACGUACUGUUUUGGCUGGUGGGACAAUUGACCUAGACUGUCCAGGCCAAGGAGACCCCACUCCACAUUUGGAGUGGCUUCUACCUGAUGGGAGUAAAGUGAGAGCCCCUUAUGUUAGUGAGGAUGGACGAAUCCUAAUAGACAAAAGUGGAAAGCUGGAACUGCAGAUGGCUGAUAGUUUUGACACAGGUAUAUACCAUUGCAUAAGCACCAACUAUGAUGAUGCAGAUGUUCUCACCUAUAGGAUCACUGUGCUAGAGCCCUCCGUAGAACCCUAUCAUGAAAAUGGGGCUCAUCAUAUCAUUUUCAUGGGUGAAACACUUAACCUUCCAUGCUAUUCUACUGGUAUUCCAGAUGCCUCUGUUAGCUGGGUGCUUCCAGGAAACACUGUGCUCUAUCAGUCCUCGGGAGACAAGCAGAUUCUUAACAAUGGCACACUAAGAAUACUACAAGUCACCCCAAAAGACCAGGGUCAUUAUCGUUGUAUUGCAGCUAACCCAUCAGGAGUCGACUUUUUGAUUAACCAAGUGUCAAUCAAAACAAAAGGGCCAUGGCCAGUGGAGCAUAAUGUAGAAACAGAUGGGUCUGGACUUGAUGAGUUCAAUCCCAGCGUUCACCAUAAGGACCCACCAGCGGCACAGCUCCCUCCGUCUGCUCCAGCGGGAGGUGAGGCUGGAGAACAAGCGUUGAGCAUAGGUAGAAAGCACAGCUAUCGGGAGUUAACAUUCCGGCGGCGUGGAGAUGCAACACACCGACGUUUUAGGGAGCAUAGGAGGCAGUUCCCUCCCUCUGCUCGGAGAAUUGACCCACAGCACUGGGCGGCACUUUUGGAGAAAGCUAAAAAGAAUACUAUGCCAGAGAAGCGAGAAAAUAUCACAGCAAAGCCAACUCCGCUGGUCACACAACUCCGGAAAAUACCUGGUGAGGAAGGAGACUCUUCAGGCAUGCUCCCACCAGAUGAGGAAUUUAUAGUCCUGGCAACUAACAUUCCCAGUGUCCUGGCAAGGACAGUGACUGUCAAUUCCAGAAAAAUAUCCGAUAGCCCUGUGACAACUGUAACGACUGCUACCAAAGUCUCUCCAAUUGUGAGUCCACAAAUGCUACCACCUGAAAAAACAAUAGAUGUCAAACCAUCUACUACUAUUAAAACUACAGCCAUGCCAAAGAACUUAAAUACAUCAAGCAAAACACAAGGCACAAACUACCUAAAUUUAUCCACUAUCUCCCCUCUACUGCUUGAAACAACUCAAUUUCUGGAUGCUGAUGACAUGGGGCGGAGAAAGGAACAUUUGCAAAGUGCACCCCUGAUAACAGUGGGGACUGUGGUCAGAGAUGUCAAUACCAAGCUGCUCAGUAGUGCUGAUAGCAAAGCUGAUACAUUCUUAGGAUCAGAAAAUGCCACGAAUCAUCAUCAGACAUCUGUGACAGGAGGCAGUGAACCCAGGAGCAAUUACUUCUAUUUUCACAGUCCUCAAAAGCUUGGCACCCCAAGCAUCCCUUCAGGCUCAUACCCUGCUGCUCAUGCUCAGUUGCAGAUUCCUAGAAAUAGUACAACUAACAUUCCGUUAUCCAGACGCUUCGGAAGACGGAAGAAAAUUUGGGGCAGGGGGCGAAUUAUCAGUCCAUACAGAACCCCAGUUCUCCGGCGGCAUAGAUAUGGCUUUGUGAGGCCGACAGUCAGAGGUUCUUCUAAAGAAAGCACCACUGCUUUCUUUUCAUCCUCAGCGCUCACUGCAGGGUGCCCGUCCUGUUCCCCUGGAGAAGGGCUCACCACUGCUGCAGCUGCCUUCUCUUUUCCAAGUUCUUCCCCCAUCACCCUCCCCAAUGCUGGCAUGGCCAGAGUCACAUCAAAAGACUCAACAAUUCUAGUCCACAAUCCAUCAUUACUAUUUGAGAACAAAUCAAAUGUAGACGGUGAGAAAACAACACUCACAAUAAAAUAUUUCAGUGAUGAAAGUACCAAAAUGACUCCAACUGGUACAGUCGUGACUCGUGCCCCAACAUCUGCAUCUAUGGAAAAAAAUCCCAUGACAAAUAUUGGUGACCCAGGUGUGUCUUACACCAGCAAAGCUCAAAGAGACCCAAUAAUUAUAUUGCCACUUCCAGGUCCCACCAGCAAGCCAUCGAUGCCUACUACUACAGCCAUUCCAAGAUUUCCAAGAAGGAAAAUUCCCUGGCAUCAGAUGUUUGUACAUAACCAUAACCAAACAGAGAGGUUAAAGAAUCAGCAUAAAUUUGGUUCACGAGAAAGCACAGCCACCAUGCUUCCUAAAAUAUCUCCUACUUUACCCCCAGAUAAAGUUUCCCCCUUCCAUUUCACAACACACUCAGCAAAUGGGAUGCAAAUUCCAUCUAUAACAUUGGCUACAACUCACCACAGUACCCCCGAAACACAAAGUCCAACAAAGGAGCUGCCCUUCCCACCCGUUUACCCUACACUUCCUGGUAUAAACAAGGAAUCAAGUACAAGUUUCCUAUCAGUACAAACAGCCACACUGACAGCUCCUCCUACUGCCUCUGCAUCCAUCAAUAUCAAUAAAAUCCAAAUAGCCAGGCCCAGGACACAAAAAGUACAAAGCAGAAAGGAACCUCAGAAGAACAGGAAUGACCCAAACAACUCUCCUGGCCAGAGUUCUGGCUUCACUAUAUCCACUGCCGUUACAUUUCCUAUUCCAACUGCAGCGGAAACUUCAACCAAGCCCAGCUUCUCUGCUUUCACUCACCACCCCCUAGAAAAUGCCAAAGGAAUUUCAAGCACAAUUGAUCUUUAUCCAAAAACACUUAAUCGGACAGAUGUAAUGGAAGAACCACCCCAAGAGACUCAGACUUUGAAAAGCACAACUGCUUCUGAAACCAUUUCAUCCAGCAAACUCCAGCAGAAGACCACAGCUAGGAACACAACCAUGAGACACUCAACUGUGCCAUCAUUCCUGAGCAGCAGUCACACUCCACUGCCAAUUCCCACCUCCCCUCCCUUGAGUAAUCAAAAUGCAGUUGCUCACGAGACAACUCCCGUUUUCCGGAUGAUGACAAACACAAUGGUCAAGCCACGCGAACCCUCAGGGCACAAUGCUGACCUGCAGCAAUUAGCAGCAGAGGUUGCAACAUCUCCCAAGGUUCAUCCAGAUGCCAAGUUCACUACUGGAACCACUGACUUUAUCUACUCCAAUGUGUUACAUUCUACUACUAUGCCAGCACUAAUAACAGUUAAACCACUGAAAUUUAAAUGGACUCCUUCUCUCUGGUCAGAAAACCACUUUUGGUCCAAGUCAUACCCAGAAAAUGCUGAAAAAGGCAAAAAGUUGGGAGUGAGCAUGUUGCCCAGUCUAGGCUUGCCAGAGGACACCACUCAUGCUUCAAAUUGGGACAUCCAGAAGGCUGCAAAGAAGAGUGACUUUGAUAAGACACCGGCUCAAAAAAUAACAACUUCUGAACACCUUCCCUUUGACCCUUUGUCUAGGAAUAUAUUUGCAAGGCCCAGAAUAGUUGGAGGAAAAGCGGCAAGUUUUACUGUCCCCGCUAACUCAGAUGCCUUUCUUCCUUGUGAGGCUGUUGGAAAUCCCCUGCCCUCCAUCCACUGGACCAGAGUCUCAUCAGGACUUGAUUUGUCUAAAAGGAAACAGGAUAGCAGAUUCCGGGUGCUCCCCAAUGGCACCCUGUCCAUACAAAGGGUGGCCAUUCAGGACCGUGGACAGUACCUGUGCUCAGCAUCCAAUCCUUUUGGCUCAGACCGCCUUCAUGUCACCUUGUCGGUGGUUUCCUAUCCCCCAAGGAUCCUGGAGAGACGUACCAAAGAGAUCACAGUCCACUCUGGAAGCACUGUGGAACUGAAGUGUAGAGCUGAAGGCAGGCCGAGCCCUAUGAUUUCCUGGAUUCUCGCAAACCAAACAGUGAUCUCAGAAUCGUCCAAGGCGAAUAGGCAGGCCCUGGUGACAUCUGACGGAACGCUGGUCAUCCACAAUGUCAGUGUGUAUGACCGGGGCUUUUACAAAUGCAUGGCCCAGAACUCCGAUGGCCAGGAUUCACUGCUGGUUAAAAUACAAGUCAUCGCAGCUCCACCUGUUAUUUUAGAGCAAAAGAGGCAAGUCAUUGCAGGGACUUGGGGUGAAAGCCUGAAACUGCCCUGCACCGCAAAAGGAACUCCUCAGCCCAGUGUUCACUGGGUUCUCUCGGAUGGCACCGAAGUGAAACCACUACAGUUUAUUGGUUCCAAAUUGUUCUUAUUUUCAAAUGGGACUCUGUAUAUAAGAAACAUAGCCUCUUCAGACAAGGGCACUUACGAAUGCAUUGCUACCAGCUCCACUGGCUCGGAGAGAAGGGUAGUAAUUAUUACAAUGGAAGAACGGGAGACCAUCCCCAGGAUAGAAUCUGCAUCCCAGACAUGGAAUGAGGUGAAUUUUGGGGAAAAAUUACUAUUGAACUGCUCAGCCAUUGGGGAACCCAAACCCCAAAUAAUGUGGAGGCUACCAUCCAAGGCUAUUGUCGGCCAGUGGCACAGAAUGGGCAGCCGAAUUCAUGUCUACCCCAAUGGGUCCCUGUUUAUUGGAUCAAUAACAGAAAAAGAUGGCGGUGACUACCUGUGUGUGGCAAGGAACAAAAUGGGAGACGAUCUGAUACUGAUGCAUGUCAGCCUAAGGCUGAAACCUGCCAAAAUUGAUCACAAGCAACAUUUUAAAAAGCAAGUCUUUCACGGGAAAGACUUCCAAGUCGACUGCAAGGCUUCGGGCUCACCAGUGCCCCAGAUAUCUUGGAGUUUGCCUGACGGAACGAUGAUAAACAACGCAAUGCAAGCUGAUGACAGUGGCCGCCGGACCAGGAGGUAUACCCUGUUCAACAAUGGAACCUUGUACUUCAACAAAGUUGGGAUAGCAGAGGAAGGAGAUUACACUUGCUAUGCCCAGAACACGCUAGGGAAGGAUGAAAUGAAGGUCCACCUGACGGUAGUAACAGCUGCCCCACGCAUCAGGAAGGGCAACAAGGCCAACACGAGAAUCAAGGCUGGAGACACAGCCAUGCUUGACUGUGAGGUCACUGGGGAGCCCAAACCAAAAAUAUUUUGGCUGCUGCCUUCCAAUGACAUGAUUUCAUUCUCGAAAGGCAGGUACACAUUUCAUGCCAACGGCUCUUUGUCCAUCACCAGAGUCAAGCUGCUCGAUUCUGGCGAGUAUGUGUGUGUGGCCCGAAAUCCUAGUGGGGAUGACACCAAAAUGUACAAGCUGGAUGUUGUCUCCAAGCCUCCACUAAUCAAUGGUUUGUAUACCAACAAAACUGUCAUUAAAGCCACAGCGGUGAGGCAUUCCAAAAAGCAUUUUGACUGCAGAGCUGAAGGGACACCAUCUCCUCAAAUCAUGUGGAUCAUGCCAGACAAUAUUUUCCUCACAGCCCCAUACUAUGGAAGCAGAAUCACAGUCCAUAAGAAUGGAACCUUGGAAAUUAGGAAUGUGAGGCUUUCAGAUUCAGCCGAUUUUAUCUGUGUAGCUCGGAACGAAGGAGGAGAGAGUGUGCUGGUGGUACGGUUGGAAGUACUGGAAAUGCUGAGGAGACCGACAUUCAGAAACCCAUUUAAUGAAAAAAUUGUUGCCCAACUUGGAAAGUCCACGACAUUAAAUUGCUCUGUGGAUGGAAACCCACCACCUGAAAUAAUCUGGAUUUUACCAAAUGGCACACGAUUUUCCAACAGGCCACAAAAUCCUCAACAUGUGAUAGCAAGCAAUGGUUCUUUUAUCAUUUAUAAAACAACUCGGGAUGAUGCAGGAAAAUAUCGGUGUGCGGCAAGAAACAAAGUUGGCUACAUUGAGAAGUUGAUCGUCUUAGAAAUUGGUCAGAAGCCAGUUAUUCUCACUUAUGCAUCAGGAACAGUUUACUGCAUCAGUGGAGAAUCGUUAUCAUUGCAUUGUGUGUCUGAUGGAAGCCCGAAGCCAAAUAUCAAAUGGACUGUACCAAGUGGUCUUAUAAUAGAUAGGCCUCAAAUUAGUGGGAAAUACAUAUUCUAUGAAAAUGGCACCUUAGUCAUCAAAGAAACAACCGCUUAUGACAGAGGAAGCUAUAUUUGUAAGGCUCAAAACAGCGUUGGUCAUGCACUGAUUACUGUGCCAGUAAUGGUUGUAGCCUACCCUCCCCGAAUUAUAAAUCGCCCACCCAGGAGCGUCCUCACAAGGACAGGGGCGGCCGUUCAGCUCCACUGUGUGGCCCUGGGCGUCCCCAAGCCAGAGAUCACCUGGGAGAUGCCCGACCACCCCAUGCUCUCAAGGGCAAAUAAAGAGAGCACACAUGGCACUGAGCCUUUUCACCCACAAGGCACCCUAGUCAUUCUGAAUCCCCAGACCUCAGAUUCGGGAAUAUACAAGUGCACAGCCAAGAAUCUACUUGGGAGUGACUCUGCAGCAACUUACAUUCAAGUCAUCUGAUAUGACAUAAAGCUGAACAAAGUCAACAUCUGGACAGAGUUUAUUUUUUGGAAGAAGUUUAAUCAAAGGCAGCCAUAGGCAUGUAAAUGAAUUUGAAUACAUUUACAAUAUUAAAUUUAUAAUGGACAUGCAAAAAAAAAAAAGACUUGUAAAUAAAUGCAUUAUGAACUGAUACUGAUGUCUACAAUGGAUCUCCAAACAAACUUUUAACUUAAGGCACUUUUAUUUUGCCAACAAAUAACAAUGAACAUUAAGAGAAAACUGUCCACCAUAAAACAACAAGGAGCUAAUGUACCUGAAUUCAUUAAAGAAUGGACUUUUUUUCAUUACCAGUUGCCUAGUGUCCACCUUCUAUCAAUGUUACAAGCAUGGCACUGAGAACAGAGACAAUGGAAAAUGAUUAAAUUUGCAGUCUUGAUGUAAAUUUGCCAUUUUGAUGUAAAAAUAUUUUGUGGUUGGUUUAUAAAUAUUUUACUAAAAUCUACAGAAAAUGAGUCACUGACCUGUUUUGAUUAUGAUCCAUCAUUUUGUGCAUUCUGAAAAUUUCCAUUGAUGGGAAAUACAAACAUGUUUUAAUAACUGCAUUAAAAAUAAAUGCAGACUAACUUUUCCACAUGUAAAAAGCAACUUAUCACCUGUACAUCAUAAAAAGCUAGUGGGGGCUGAUUACAUCUUUGUCCAAAUUAACCCAUUAAGAAGGUUUUAAAAAUGCAAUGAAACUUCUUUAUAACUUCAAAAUCUAGCUCAGGCACCCCUGGUUUGGAGCUGUUUAUAAGGAAAAUUUUCUAAGGAAGAAACACUGCUUUAUGAGCUAUUUAUUUCAUUAAGUGGUUAUCCUUUUUUGCAACAGUAAAUGUUUGGGGAAAAAAUCUGGACUUAAUACAUAUAAUGAAGUUUCACUGCACUUAAAAUUUGUUCGACCCUACACAAAAUGUUGCUUUUUGUAAUUUACUGAAUUUAUUUAUAUUACAUGCUUAAUUCAACCUGAAUUAAUUUGGGGGACAUUAUGGUUUAUCUUUUCUAAUUCUAGAGGGUGGGAUUUUCCAGUGUAAUUUCUCCAGCAUCUAUUCAAAUAUUCACUAUUACUUAAGAAGAAUUAUAGGAGCCUUAGUAAGUGAAAAAGAAAAUGCCAUAGAGCUUGCUCAUAUAUCUCAGUGCACAAAACGGUGAGCUAUGUUAGCCCCUGACAAUCAUUUGUGACAUAUGGGGGCACUCACUUCAUCAUUGUGCUUUCAUCACACCAACUUUAAGCUGUUCCCAUCUAAGAGGUGACGUGAUUGUUACUAUCUCUGAUGUUGGCAUCCUGAGGCAGCAAGAGGUCAAGGAUACUCAUUCUAACAGUUCUCUCUCUGCUCCUGGGCCAAGGGGAGUAAAUAAAAGGACAAAUGCAACUUUACCAGGAACAAGCCUGCAGUGUAAACAGGUAUGUCUCAGGGCUUAUUGUAUCCAACUGCAUUCUAUUUCAACAUCUUAUCUUUAAGGGGAACGGAGGUUUCCAUUUAUCCCAAGACCAUUUCCUCUACCUCACAAAGCAAAUUAUCAGGUUCUGUCAAAGGAUAGGGCUUUCCCUUGCGACCGUUUAAAGCAAAUAAAUUAUUGCACUUGCUAAAAAUAAGGGGGGGGACCUCACAGGACAGAGAAUUUAGUGGGAGUUAAUAUGAUAAGACUAGAUUAAAAUUCGCAGUUGCCUUCUUUAUAAUGCACAGGCAAAAAACCAGCGUUAGGUUUUUCCUCAGCUUUCCAGAGAAUCUUUGAAUUAUAGGACCUUUCCAUGACUUAACUUCCUCACCUACAAGAGGGAUGCGACAACAACAAAGGUCUACCCUACAGUUUUCGUGUGCAAAAUGAUUCAUAAAUUAAUUUCACUUCUGCAAAAUAUAAAGUGCAUACCAAUGCUAUGCAACUGUAACACUCAUUCUUGAAACAGUGUUACUGCUGUUUGCAAUAUUGAACUACAAAAAUAUAUGGUUCAAAGGGAAAAUUGGCCUUUUAAGUACCAAGAAUUCUUGAAAAGAAAUGAAAACAACCAGGAUGGAACACGACUCACUCACUAGGCACGACAUUCACAACUCGGUUGUUUCGCCAAGGCAGUCAUUGUCAUGGCAGUGACAUUGGCAGUCAUGGAUAUAUUACUUUGAAGAAAAAUAACUUCAGGAACUCUAUGAUUCUUGAGAGGAAAAAAAAAAUACCUGAUAUACAAAACCAGCUGAAAUGUAAAGAUUCAUCUUCUGAAAGCAGAUACGUUAACUUAGUGAAAAGAAUGGUCUUAAUGUUUUGGCAAAGUCUUUUCCAGCCCAGAGUAAACACGAAAUGAGCAGGCUGGAGUGAAAUCGUUUCACAGUGUACAGAGCAGUUCGCAUGGAUGCUGCCACAGCAAAGUAAGCGGACAUGUUUUUGAGGUUGUUUGCAUGAGUCAAACUUUGCAAUGAGUAACUCACCUAAGAAGAUAGGAAUUAUCUCUAUCAUUUGCAAAAGAAAUGAUCUAGUAAAGUCGUACUAGCUACAUUGUUAAAAAAGUAGUUCUACAUGGUUUGCUCAUUAUAGACAAAUCUAUUCACAGUAUGUGUGACUACAUUACAUGUAAAAUCAUAUGGCAAAAGAAAAUGAAUUAACACAGAACAUGGGAAAAUAUCCCCCACGUGUUUUAAAAUGCCCUGCAAUUUUCACAUUCAAAAUUUUAUGCAUCUAAAUCUAAAAAAAUAUUAUAUGGAAUACUCUUAAGUUACACAAACUGAUAAUAAUUUACUGUAUUUUUUUUACUCUAAUAGGAGCAAAUUACCACAUACUUGAACAAAGUUAAAAUAGUUACUAUUUCUUUAUAAUAAAUUUGAUGUAUAAUUUACUUUACUUGUGCUUUUUGCACCAAUUUAUAAAUACAGUAUAUGUAAUACACAACCAAGACGGACACCAACAUUAAUAAUUAAAUUCAAAAUAGCAAAUACUUACCAUACAAAAUAAACAGCAAAUACAUCUUUUAUGAAAACCAGAGGUUUCUGGAUUGGGGGCCAGAUUCUCUGGAAACCAUAUGAAGUUUGAGUUCUGAGGAAUCUCAGGCCAGCUGUGAGAUUUUUUUUUUUUCUUUUUAACUCAAGUUGGCAUAAGGUUCAAGAGAACCAAAACUGGAGAGUCAUUUUUGCCAAAUCUGGCAAUAAAUAAAUGGAACAAUUCCCCCAUGGUUUGUUCGGGCCUUUAGAAUUUACAUAUUGUAUCUUCGCAAAGACUUGGGUCAAUGAUCUUGCCACUGAAAACAAAUUUGAGUACAGCUACUUCUAAUAGGCUUCCACAAGUCUCCGUGCGGCCCUUGUAGAAGCCCGGGUGUAAGUUCUUGGUCUCAGAAGUGUAAGUACUAAGCAACAAUCUGUUUCAGCACCUUUUGACCACAACAAAAGCCAAGAAAACUUCUACAUAAAUAAGAACAAAGUUUAUAAAGUGCUUAUGAAAUUACAAACAUUUCAAAUUAGAGCAAUGCAAAUAAAUGUCCAUGUCACCCUCAAAGGUGAAUACAGAAUAAAUGGGUCACUUUCCUGUCAAGAUCUGACAUGCCUUUCAAAUCAGUAGUUUGGUCCUGCACAGUUUGCAAAAAAAAAAAA